AUGAGCAGUGGGACUUCAAUAAUUGAUAAUAACUUACAAAAUGAUGUUAAUACUCAUACUUCGCUACUAACAAGUUUAUCAGCUGAAGAUAAUGAAGCAAUAGCAUUAUUUGAGAAGGGAAUUGAGAAAGAGUCUCAUGGCUCGAUGUCGGAUGCCGUGGAAUUCUACAGAAAGGCUUUUAGGAUUAAUGAAAAGGUGGACUUAUUGUAUAGGACAAAACGGGUACCUCAUAAUGUGUAUAAGUUGAAACAGCAAGGAGGCAAAAAUAUUGCUAAAAGGGUAGAUGAAGCGAAGGUACGAUCCAUUGAUGUUGAUAAGCUACUUGAAUCAUUUCUGAACGCAGAAGCUCAUGCACCAGAUCCUAAUAAUCCAGAUCAGCAGCAUGACGAUAUGGUGACUAUUAAAUUUCAAAAUUUAGAUUUGGAUGCGGAUACGAUAAAGAACCUAAAACCAAUUUCGGCUUUAAUGCAUUUACCAAACGACAUAUGGAUGCAUAUAUUUGAAAUACUACUUAUAACGAAUCCAGAGUCAUGGUUUAAUUUUUCAAUAACAUGUAAAAAGAAUGCAUUCCUAGGUUUGGGAUCAAAAAAUAUUUGGAGAAAAUUGUGCUAUUUGGUUUAUCCUCAACAGGUCUACUAUGAAAACAAGUUAUACCUAGAGUCAAUGCAGGCACCAGGUAUGUCUGAUUCUCUUUCAUUGCCUGUACCAUAUGAUCAAUUGAUGAUUUUACCGCAGUACCAGAACUCUUGGAAGUACAUGUUACGCAACAGGCCAUUUAUUAAAUUUCAUGGUUGUUAUAUAAGUGUCAUCAAUUACUACAGCGAAGGAGGAAAGGCAGAGUUUUCAUCCAGCUGGUCAAAUCCCGUAAAAACUAUCACAUAUUACAGAUACUUGCGGUUUUAUCCUGAUGGAACAUGUGUCAAAGUUUUAUCAACCUUAGAGCCUAACAGAGUGAUUCCAAACUUACUGAAAUACAACUCACAAAAAAGCCUAAUCCCAACUGUUGUAGAUCCGAGUGCUAAAACAGUAAUGACUAAUACCCAAGUCCCCACAAAAGAGAGCCACAACAUUUAUCAUGGAAAAUGGACUAUCUCGACUAAUGGCGAGAUUCACAUCGAGAUAAACGAAGGGUCUGUUCCAUAUUACAAUUUCCAUUACCAUUUCCAGAUUAAAUCAUUAGGCGGUAUAUUUAAACAUAGCAAGCUUAAUUGGAUUACAUAUUACGCUAUCCGUAAAAAAUUGAGUCAAGAUGACGAUAGAGAAGGUGAGGAAACGGAAUUUCCUCUUAAGAAUGAAAAGGCAUUUAAGUUUCUGAAAGUUAGAAGCUACAAAGUUGACAAUUAA